CACUGCCGCGUCUUCGUGUGUAGAGUUGUUAAUGCCGUCGAGCGGUGUCUUAACUGCGACAAAGUCGGCCUCGCCGCCGUCUCCCACGUCUCGCAGGUCGCCGUUCACCAUUGGCUUGUUCCCGCUGACCCCCACACCGGGCGACUCCCGUCCAGCUCCCUCCAUCUCCAUCCCGUUCACCAGCACCGGCCCGUUCAGCGUCGACUCGCUCUCGCUCUUGUCGCUGCUCAUCGUCCCCGCCGCUGCUGCGGAGAGAGUCGCUCUGUUUACUACGGCAUACAUUCCCGCGGCGACGGAGGACGGACGUUAUCCCAUAGCAUUCGAGGCAGACACUCCCAACUACCGCUGCGCACACACACGACGUACCGUCCGCGCCGUCGCCGCGUAGGAGAGAGGGUAUCUAUCAAACUCACCUCGCUCGGCUUGCCACACAACUCUUCCAACGAUCCGGAGACUGCGAACGACUAAAAUAAAGGUAGGCGUGUACUGCUCCCGUCUCAGAAAAUUAGUUUCUCACUUCCUGGUAAACUAAAAAACUGCUGACGACUUCCUCUAUUUGUACUCCACUGCAGUAGAAACACAAAUUUCUCUCGUUCUCACCCGGAACCAGCUGUACAAAUCCCCAAUAAAAACUGACUCCCAAACGCCCUCUCCGCCGCGACAAAGGGGGCGUUAACACAUCUCCAGCGAAUUUCGUAAUUUGGUGAAGGAAACUGCGGGAGCUUGCACGAAGUCUCCUUCUCGCCAACCUCUCUUUCUCGACGACUGAGGAACAGCUGCAGGUGGCGGGAGAUAAAGAAGAAGCGGCUGUUGCCGGUCUGCAUGCGGUGUCCUCCCGCCAGCUGCAGCUACUGACCAAUCAGAUUCACGAGCUGUAAAGUUGGUCCCCACUUUGGAAUGCCGAGAACGCGAGUUUCCAUGGCUACUGGUAAACAUAUCACGAGAUCCUCCCUUUUUCCGCUGCUACAUUGCUAGCUCUGCAGAGCGCUAGCUAGCUUGUGCUCUGCAGCCUGCGUGUGUGUUGCGGCGAUGGCUGGAGCUGUGUGCUUGCUCGUCUUCUGCACGUUGCUACUGAACACAGCUUCUCUGACUGCAGUGAGACCAUCAGCCCCAGUGGUAAACCUGACUUGCGCGGGAAACUUCACUCUCUGGGAGCUAGCCUGCUACAGCUACUCUGGACCAGAAGUGAGACGCUCGUUCCAUCAGGCCCAGCGACACUGCUCCAAACUGAGGGCCUCACUUGCGUCUCUGUUGAGCCCCGCAGAGGAGACGUUUGUGCUGGAAUUGACCGAGAACGAGUCUAGCAUUUGGAUAGGGCUCACGAAGCAAGGCUCCGCUGACAGGUUUAUGUGGACGGACGGCGCGGAGUUGAGCUCCCACGCUGGCUGGCGGGAAGGCGAGCCGGACACCGCCGGUCAUCUUCACUGUGCAAUGGCCGACAGAGGAGGCUGGGCUCUUGCAAGAGGCGGCUGCGCGUCUACAAAACUCCCUUUUGUCUGCAAGAAACAAGCGUGUCCAGAGGGCCUUGAAUGGGGCGGCAAAGACUGUGACGUGAUCUCUUCUCCUCAUCCUCCCUCAUUUUCCUAUUACUGCUAUCCUCCGAUGACAACAACAGUUCUGCUAGUGUUGAUGUGUGCUUUUUUAUCUAUAUUAUUGGUAGCUGCAUACUGCGGCAUGUCAGCCAGAGACCACACCCCUGGUUGCCACCAGAGACACUGUCACAAUCACAAACUAUCAUCAUCGUCGUCAUUGUCCAAUUCUGUUCAGGACUUGUGGUUGUCAUGACAACCACUAGCGCUCAUUUUCCACAAAUUUUUGUACCAAUCUAAUUUCACAUUGAUCAUGAUAAUAAGUGGUGAUUAAAAAUCUUAAUGGCCAUGAAAUAUGCCAUAAUGUUAUGUACAAAGACGAAACGACCUAUUUACAGUAGUCUACAUACAUGACGAUGUACUGGUAAAUGAUGAGGUGCACAUUAAACUUGCAGAAUGAUUGAACUAGGUUGUCAUGGAGACAAACAGGCACACAAAAGGGUUAAAUUCACUAGUGAUAAGACUUGGGAAUUGACCUUUGACCCCGAUCACCGGUACCCUGAGGCACGUACUGGUGACCCCUGUCAUAACGAGGAGCUCUGGAAUUCCCAUACUGGGCAGAAGUGGGCGGGGCAUACGACCUUGAAAAUUCCUUCUCCCUCAGCUCGUCCUGGUAGGGCAGCUGGUCCGACAGUCUUCUGUGGUGAUAGCCACUAGCUCUGUGUGCUGCUCCGUAGCCCUCACCCACUGCAAGGUUGUAGCUUAUCUUCCUCCUCGUACCUGUGGGGGAGGACGUGGAGGGAGGCUGGCGCAUUGAGUGGUGCUGUAAGGAGCCCCUGUGCUCAGGAGAGGAUAUUGAAUGGUGUAUGGAGGAACGGUGUUCGGGGGAAGCGACUGGGACUGUGGUGGAGCGAUGGAGAGGCUCGUGUGAGGGAGAGGAGUGGGAGUGGCGAUGGUACGGGAGGGUCUGAGGAUGCUGGUACGACGCGAGGAGCUCUUUCUGGUGGGCGAUGAGAGGAGGAGGAGGAUGGGAGGAGAGGAGCUGCGAUCGAGACUGCCCCUCCCUUCUCUCGGAGCCACGCCCCCUCUGGUCCUUCCAGAUGCUCCCGACGUGUUCCCUCCUUCCCUCCUCAUGACCUCCGUACCUGGCGUGGGGAUUGAGGUCCCCGUACACACCGAGACUGGCUUCACGAGCUCUGGUGGCCUGGAGACUUCCGCUGCUCCCCGCCCGGCCCCAUUUGCUGGGCGGGGCCGGCUGAGAGGAAGGGGAAAGGAGGGAGCCAACAGUAGGAUUGGCUGCCGGCAGUGUCUCUGCCCUGUUGUGUUGUUUGCGAGCCGUGAGAGAGGCGGAGAAGAGAGCCUCACCUCCAGAGUACGAGUUUCUCUCGGGGGUCUUCCUGGAGCCACUGGAGCCACUGCUGAACUGGUUCUUUAUCCUGCGAACCAUCUUUGGUGAGGCAUUGAACAGAGCGUGGUCUGUACAUCAGAGAGGGAUUAUAGAUUAGCAAGAUUAUCACAGUAUAGUUUAUUGGCUGGUGCAGAUCAGAUAGCUGUACAAU